AUGGUGUGUAGGCGCCGACGGAUCCCCCUUACGGCAUUCACCUUGGUGACCGUCCCCGAGGAUUCGAUGCUGUCCGUCUAUCUGCGAAGCAGGGAAGCAGUCGACACGAGCAUGGAGACGAGGAUGUCAUCCCAAGAGGGACGUCCAAGCUCUUCCUGCCGGAAUUCACACUCGACCAGGCAAUCACCCCAGCGGCUCCAUGACAAUGACGACGCCGCGACCGUCAAAGACAAGGCAACCGGAAAAGAACAAUCGGCCAGCAACAGCAGCAUGGAACUGGAACUCGACAAGUUCAUGGCCGCCCUGACAGCUACGGUGUCUCCCGACGCCGUCAUCAGAACGAUUACCUCCACCAAAGGUAUCAAGCUUCAGGCGAAGCGCGAGACGUCGCAAACCAAGACCUAA